AAGAAAAUUAGUAGGAUGGCCCGGGUCGCUGAUUCGUAUUUAAGCCCAUCUGCGAUUCAUCCUCGCUCCAUCACCACCGUUCCUUCAAGACCAAGACCACGCCCUUCGUUUUUUCUUUCUUUUUCUUCUUUGAUUCGAGUUCGGCGUUGUUGGAUGGGAAGUAUGGGAUCUGAGAGGAAGAUGAACAUCGCUGGUUCAGAUCACUUGCGUCAUGUGGAGUCAAUGAAGGAACUGCCGUCCGGUGCCGGCAAGAUCCCGCGUCUCAACGCUGUUGUCCUUGGCGAGGCCCUUGCUUCGGAGGAGGAUGAUCUUGUUGUCCCCAGCGAGGAUUUCUCCCGCCAGGCCCUCGUUUCUUCGCCGCAGCAGUAUCUAGAGAUGUACAGCAAGUCAAUUCAGGAUCCUGCUGGGUUCUGGUCGGAGAUUGCGUCUCAGUUUUACUGGAAUGAGACUUGGGGCUCUGAGGUUUUCUCAGAGAAUCUUGAUUACAGGAAAGGAGCUGUUAGGAUUGAGUGGUUCAAAGGAGCUUCCACAAACAUAUGCUACAAUGCACUGGAUAGAAACAUCAAAGCAGGCCUCGGUGAUAAGGUUGCUAUCUAUUGGGAGGGUAACGAACUGGCCCAGGAUGGUCAGUUGACUUACAAAGAACUUCUAGAGAAAGUUUGCCAGCUUGCCAAUUAUUUGAAGAGUGUUGGUGUUAGAAAGGGAGAUGCAGUAGUUAUUUAUUUGCCUAUGUUGAUGGAGUUGCCAAUUGCUAUGCUUGCAUGCGCACGUAUUGGGGCUGUGCACUCGGUUGUGUUUGCUGGCUUUUCUGCUGAGUCACUCGCCCAAAGAAUUGUGGAUUGCAAACCAAAAUUAGUGAUCACAUGCAAUGCUGUGCGGAGAGGUCCCAAAACUAUCAACCUGAAAGAUAUAGUAGACAAUGCUUUGAUUGAAUCUACCAAGAAUGAAGUUCCUGUAGGACUGUGUUUGACUUAUGAAAACCCAUCAGCCAUGAAAAGAGAAGCAACAAAAUGGCAGGAUGGAAGAGAUGUUUGGUGGCAGGAUGUUGUCCCAACAUUUCCUACUGAAUGUCCAGUGGAAUGGGUCGAUGCAGAAGAUCCUUUGUUUCUAUUGUACACUAGCGGCAGCACUGGAAAGCCAAAGGGUGUUUUGCAUACAACCGGCGGGUACAUGGUAUAUACUGCAACAACAUUUAAAUAUGCAUUUGAUUAUAAACCUUCUGAUGUUUACUGGUGCACUGCUGACUGUGGUUGGAUUACUGGGCACAGCUAUGUUAGUUAUGGACCUCUUCUAAAUGGAGCUACUGUUGUUGUUUUUGAAGGGGCUCCAAAUUAUCCAGAUGCUGGCCGAUGCUGGGACAUUGUUGAUAAGUACAAGGUGACAAUAUUCUACACUGCACCAACUCUUGUGCGCUCUCUCAUGCGUGAAAGUAGCAAGUUUGUUACUCACUAUUCUCGUAAAUCACUUCGAGUUCUUGGUAGUGUGGGGGAGCCCAUCAAUCCCAGUGCAUGGAGAUGGUUCUUUAAUGUUGUUGGAGAAUCUCGUUGCCCAAUAUCAGAUACUUGGUGGCAAACUGAGACAGGAGGUUUCAUGAUUACUCCUUUACCUGGUGCUUGGCCACAGAAGCCUGGUUCGGCCACAUUUCCAUUCUUUGGAGUCCAGCCAGUUAUAGUUGACGAGAAAGGGAAUGAGAUUGAAGGUGAAUGCAGUGGGUAUCUUUGUAUAAAAAAUUCAUGGCCCGGGGCUUUCCGAACUCUCUAUGGUGAUCAUGAAAGAUAUGAGACAACAUACUUCAAGCCAUUUGCUGGUUAUUACUUCACUGGUGAUGGCUGCAGCAGGGAUAAGGAUGGUUACCAUUGGCUCACUGGAAGAGUUGACGAUGUUAUCAAUGUCAGCGGACAUCGCAUUGGCACUGCAGAGGUAGAGUCUGCUUUAGUCUCUCAUCCCCAGUGUGCUGAAGCUGCUGUGGUUGCUGUCGAGCAUGAGGUUAAAGGACAAGGAAUAUAUGCUUUUGUCACUUUGAUUGAAGGCGUUUCUUAUAGUGAAGAACUCCGCAAAAGUCUCAUACUAACCGUCCGAAAUCAGAUUGGCGCAUUCGCUGCUCCAGACAAAAUUCAUUGGGCACCUGGACUUCCGAAAACUAGAAGUGGAAAGAUCAUGAGGAGGAUCCUAAGAAAAAUUGCAUCUGGGCAACUUGAUGAACUUGGGGACACAAGUACCCUUGCCGACCCUGGUGUGGUGGACCAGCUAAUUUCACUCAGUGAUUGUUAAUCUUCAGAUCAAAAGAGUUAUGUAUUGCUUCACCAUUUUCACCAUAUUUAAGCGAGGAUAUACCCCGAUUAUUGCCAAUUAUGAUAUCAAAUAAUAUGCCCCCUGUGUUACCCCUCAGUCACAUAAUUGAGUUGUUUUGGAAAGACCUUAUAGUGUCAUCUUGUUAUUAUUUCUUUUUGGUACCAGUUUCUAAGAACUGUGUCAAUACAACUCUUUUUCUUCAUCCGCAAGAAUGUAUAAUUGAGUUGGUGCAAUGCAAAAUCAAAUGUUUAUGUUUCUUCUUAAUAAAAUAAAAAAGGGUCUUGCAUUGAGAA